AUGGAUCCACCACAAGCAGUCCACCUGGGUCCUCGGAGGAAGAGACCCAGGCAGCUGGGCACCUCAGUGGCCCCCACGCCUCAUGACAUCAGAUUUCGAGACUUGGUCCUCUUCAUUUUGGAGAAGAGGAUGGGAACCACUCGAAGAGCCUUCCUCAUGGAGCUGGCCCGGAGGAAAGGGUUCAGGGUGGAAAAUGAGCUCAGCGAUUCUGUCACCCACAUUGUGGCAGAGAACAACUCAGGAUCAGAUGUCCUAGAGUGGCUCCAGGCACAGAACAUCAAAGCCAGCUCUGAGCUCGAACUCCUCGACGUCUCCUGGCUGAUUGAAUGCAUGGGAGCCGGGAAACCAGUGGAGAUGACAGGGAGACACCAGCUCGUCGUGAGGCCUUCUUCCCCGAGUCCUGCCCCGGGCUCCCAGAACAUUCCACCACCUACUGUGCAAAAGAUCUCCCAGUAUGCGUGUCAGAGGAGGACCAUGUUAAGCAGUAAUUACAACCAAGUAUUCACGGAUGCCUUUGAGAUCCUGGCUGAAAAUUAUGAGUUUAGAGAGAACGAAGGCUCUUGCCUGGCAUUCAUGAGAGCAGCCUCUGUACUGAAAUCUCUGCCGUUUCCCGUCACCAGCAUGAGAGACACGGAGGGAAUCCCCUGCCUAGGGGACAAGGUGAAGUGUGUGAUAGAGGGAAUUAUUGAAGAUGGAGAAAGUUCUGAAGUUAAAGCUGUGUUAGAUGAUGAACGAUACAAAUCCUUCAAACUCUUCACAUCUGUGUUUGGAGUGGGUCUGAAGACCGCUGAGAAAUGGUUCAGGAUGGGUUUCAGAACUCUCAGCAAAGUAAAGUCAGACAAAAGCUUGGUGUUUACACGGAUGCAGAAAGCAGGAUUCCUCUACUACGAAGACCUCAUUAGCUGUGUGAGCAGGGCAGAGGCAGAGGCUGUCAGCGUGCUAGUUAAAGAGGCGGUUGCGGCAUUUCUUCCAGAUGCCCUGGUCACCGUGACGGGAGGGUUCCGCAGGGGUAAGAUGAUGGGGCACGAUGUGGAUUUUCUAAUCACCAGCCCAGAGGCCACAGAGGAGGAAGAGCAGCAACUCCUGCAUAAAGUCACAGACUUGUGGAAACAGCGGGGGCUGCUUUUGUACUGCGACCACAUAGAGUCGACAUUUGAAAAGUUCAAGCUGCCUAGCAGGAAGGUGGAUGCUCUAGAUCACUUCCAGAAGUGUUUCCUGAUCCUGAAGCUUCACCACCAGAGAGUGGACGGUGACGGGAGCGGCCAGCAGGAAGGAAAGAGCUGGAAGGCCAUCCGUGUAGAUCUGGUCAUGUGCCCCUAUGAGCGCAGGGCCUUCGCCUUGCUUGGAUGGACUGGCUCCAGGCAGUUUGAGAGAGACUUGCGGCGCUACGCCACACACGAGCAGAAGAUGAUGCUGGACAACCACGCUCUGUAUGACAAGACCAAGAGGGUGUUCCUUGAAGCAGAAAGUGAAGAAGACAUCUUUGCCCAUCUGGGAUUGGAUUACAUUGAACCAUGGGAAAGAAAUGCCUGAGAGGGAGUUGUUGACAUUGUUUCUUCCAGGUUAGACAAACUGUGCUGCGUGUUAGCGAAAGACGGCUUGGGAAAGUCUGGGCUUCUGUAGGCCUCAGGGAAUGUAGGCAGCAAGCGGAGCCUAAGUGUACUAUGCAUAGAGAAUAUUCCGAAGCCACUCUGGAGGCUUGACCAUGGGCCACAUUCUCAGGCCACCUGUCCCACUGCUGUGUAGAAUUCGUGGUCUGCUUUAAAAAAAAAAAAAAAAGGUCUUGUCAUCACUGCUUCAUAGCUCACCCAUGUGCGUCACAGCUCGCCUAAGCUCUGUGGGUCUGAAUCUGUGUAUACCACCAAUAAAAGUA